AUGGCGUCAGUGGCGCGCUCGGUGGCCGCGAAGAAGGCGGCGGAGACGAGGAAGCAGAACAGGCUGAUCAAGGAGGCGGCCGCCGCAGGGCAGAAGCAGGGGGCCCUUCGCACCCUCUUGUCGGCGGGCGCCCCGCCGGCGCCGAGCGCGGCCGCGGGCUCCGCAGAGCGCCCCGAGGCAUUCCCUCCGGCGCCGCAGGAUGCCCAGUCGCCGGCGACCCGCGCAGCUGGCGGCUCCGCAGCGCUGCCCCAGGGCCGCGGUGACGUGCCUGUGGCGGCGGCGCCACGGGCUCCCCAGCGGGCCGCCGUGAAGCCUGGCGCUGUGGUGGUCGCUUCGCGUGGUGGACCGAGGUUCGCAUUCGAUGAUUCCGGAGCCGCCCGCUCUAUGGGCGACCGCCUGGGCCGCUGUGGUCUGUUCGUGGUCCCUGAGGAGGCGGGCGAUUCGGGCAACGACGACGUUUUGUUUGGAGCCGGCCAGUGCAGCACGCCUGGCAAGCGUGCGCCCGAAGACGAGGAGUUGCUCGACGAGGGUUCUGGGGGUGGGACGGCGGCCCUGGGCGAGCAAACGCCCGCGGCGAAGCGCUCCCAGCCGAAGGGCACCGGCGUCGACGACAUCGCGCGCUGGUCGGCCCAGAAGACGCCUUGCCGAAAUACCGGAGUGAAGAGUCAGAAGGCGGAGGAGAAGGCCGCAGACGGAGAAGCCACGCUGGACAGGCGCGCCGUCAAGCUGCUGGAGGAGCGCUUCAGGGAUUUCGGCAAGGUGGACGAGAUCAAGACCCUCAGCGACGUGGACGGGGUUCUCUUGUGGGAUGCCUUGAGGUCCGUCCGGGGCGCCGCGGCGCGCGUGCACGACCACCAGGUGCGUGACUUGAGGAAGCGUUUUGCGCCGCCGGGUACUGCGGAGCACGACCUUCGCAUCCGCUUUCCCGAGGAUGCCUGGGGCCGGGGGCCGGGGGCACUUGGGCCUUCCAGGGCUUCCGACGAGGUGUCCCCGGAUCUGCUCGCCGCCAUCCGCCUGUCGAAGGACCCGUCCAUGGACAAACGCAGCAACGGGGAUUUCGUGGCGUACAUGUCCGAGUGCGAGGGCCUGAACCAGAAGGAGCUGGUGGUGUGCCUCCGCGACGUCGCCGGCAACAACGCGCUCGUGCAGCCAGCGCGGCAAGAGUACAUCUCCGCCCUCAUGGAGUGCAUCGUCCGGUGCGACCUCGACAAGCGGUUCCCCCAGGAGGUCCAGUUGCUUCAGACUGUAUGGGACGAUUGCCUGCAGGUGAUCUUCAGCUCCUUCGGCAAGAGAUCGAAUCCGUUCGCUGACUUCUGGGCGAUCUACGCGCCCCACUGCAGGCUGGCGAUGGACGAGGCAGACGCCUUGACGGCGGCGGGUUGCGAGGAGCAGUCCCCGGAGAAGGUUUUGCCUGCGUGCGUGCGCCUCCUGAACAGUUCCCACCUCGGGCGCUCGCUGUUCCACGACGUGGCCCGGAAGGGCGCGGAGGGGUGGCUGAAGCAAUUGAUGACCGCCGUCCUGGACGGCAUCAAGCCGCCCAUCACGCAGAGGAAGAUGAACGCUGCCGACCAGAGAGUGAAGGCGGAGAUGGACCGCCUCCAGGUCCACGUCUUGCUACGCGGGAAGAGGCCGGUGCUUGUCGCGUACCGCCGCGUGCCCGUGAAGUGCAUGGUGGCAUCUGCGCAGGAGGAGUGGACCUUCGUGCGUGCUGGUUGGCUGAAGGACAGGGGUCUGGAGUGCGGGGCGCUGCAGGCUCUGGAGCCGGUGCCGGAGCCACAGGAUGAGCACCCGGAAAAGAGCAUGGAGCCUGGGUUGGUCAAUAGUUUCCAGUUGGCGAACUCGCACGUGGACGCGUCCUUGGAGAAGAGCAAGAAGAAGGACGCAGAGUCGCUCCUGAAGGUGAUCGAGAACCAGACGCCGAAGUGGAGGGUGCACGAUCGGACAUUCGUGCUCCAGUUAGGAUGGCUGCAGUCCCAGCAGGGCGGCAAGGCCCGCGACACUUUUGAGCACUCCGUCCUCUUCGCGCUCUCUCCGGUGAACGUUCAGAAGGGCUACAAGCACGUUCUCGCCCACCUGGCCGAGUUCAAAGACGACGGGGUGACGUUGUUCUGCGGCAGUAUUGCCGAGGAGGACCUGCGGAAGAUCACGGCGCUGGUGGACGCGCUGUACCACGGGAAGGAAGUGACCGACGUGUCCCCGUUCCAGAAGACGCCCUUCCGUCGCAAGGCGCUGGGGGCCAUCGAGCAGUUCUGCGUCUGCAGGGAGCGCGAUGAGAACGGAGAGGAGGUGUCCAAGCUGACGGGCCGGGCUGCCAUGAAGGCUCUGUAUGCCGAGUUCGAGCGCGCGCUCCAGGCGGGGCAGCUUCUCGCCGGCGCGCUGAAGCCAUUCCAUACGUUCAAGUGGAUGCUGUCGGGGGAGCAGCAGGACGCCGUGCGCGAGGCUCGCAACAACUGCAUCCGGGAGUCCCUCCAGGCCAGUGGCGCUCUCGUGAGCGCGGACGCGGAGGUGCCAGACGCCGUGGCUGCGGACGCGGGCCCGAGACCGAAGAAGGCCAAGAAGUCGGCGGCGGCCUCAGCCGUGGACUCCGAGAUGGACA